UUUUAGGAAGAUUUUAAAAAGACGGCUGAUACACAGUGAAAUACAUUCUUCUAGAUAUUAAUAAAAAUCAUACUUUGCUUAAAUCGAACAGCAAAAGUUGUUUAUUUUUGAGAAGUUCAAGGGGAAUUUUCGAUGAUACCCAGAAUGCAGCGAUCUUCUGCUCCUCACGCACAUUCAAAUGCGAAAGCUCCGCCAAUGCCCCCUGCACGACGACCUAACACCACGGGCUCAGUUUCAGAUGCACGUGCAAAAACGAUGCUUAAAGAAGCUGUUGAUGCAGUGGUCAAUAGCUUUGCAAAGCAUACCCAAGGAUAUGGACGAGUGAAUGUAGUUGAGGCCUUACAGGAGUUCUGGCAGAUGAAGCUAGCUCGUGGUGCUGACUUGAAGAAUGGAGCUCUUGUCAUAUAUGAAUCUGUACCUUCAUCCAGUCCUCCCUAUGUAUGCUAUGUUACGCUCCCUGGUGGUAGUUGUUUCGGAAGCUUUCAGAAUUGCCCAACAAAGGCAGAAGCAAGACGCAGUGCUGCUAAGAUUGCCCUUAUGAAUUCAGUAUUUAAUGAACAUCCUUCCAGGAAAAUUUCGGACGAUUUCAUUGAAAAAGCUGUAGCUGACGCGAAAGCAUCGUUCAAGGGUAACCCUGAUGGACCUGACAGUACCAACAGCGGCAUCGAAGCCUUCCGGUUUAUGCUGGAAACCAACAAGGGACGCACCAUGUUGGAAUUCCAGGAGCUUAUGACCGUCUUCCAGCUACUUCACUGGAAUGGAAGUCUAAAAGCAAUGCGCGAACGACAGUGUUCUCGCCAAGAAGUUGUCGCCCAUUAUUCUCACCGUACUCUCGAUGAUGAUAUGCGCUCUCAGAUGGCUUUGGAUUGGAUUGCUCGUGAACAAGAAUCGUCUGGGAUAAUCGCUAGAGAGCUGGGAAGCGCCGAGCGUGAGCUGGAAGCUGCAAGAUUAGCGGGGCGGGAACUGAGGUUUCCCAAAGAAAAGAGAGACAUUCUGAUGUUAGCCAGCAGUCAAGUGAACUCUGUUAAUGGUCUGAGUUAAAUCUGCCCAACGUGGCCUAGUGUUUUAUACAUAAUGUAAAUAGUAAAUCGGAGAUUUGCUACUUUUGGAGGUCGCCAUGCCAUUUUGUGACGUCUCUGUGUGGACCCAGGGCAUUGCUAUAAAGGGCAAAGGUUGUUUAUACCAGCUUUUUAUUUUGAACAGUCUGAUUUCCAAGAUCUCUUUUCUUUUUUAAUUUAUUACUAAGCUCUUUUAUGUUCUGGGCGAACAGGAGGAAGGAACUUUAUAUCUGACUGGUCUUCUCAAUGGCUGUGCCCAAAACUGUGGAGCCAGCUGCUUGUGAUAGUUUACCUGCUUCACAAUAAUCCCUCGUUAGCAGCAGCCUUGACUCAAGUAGAAUCAUCAAGAUGAUAAUGCUUUAGUUUGAAAAGGCUGUGCAAAUACCAUCGUCUUUCUAUGGCUGCCUAACUAUUUCUAGCGAGUAGCACUUAGGCCUAAGAUUAAUAAACUGUUUUAGUUGUUCAUAAAAGAAUUUCACAAGAAUAGAAUAGAAGUAUUCCGCUACUUGCUUCUGGUAAUAGUUGUAUUUGUGACCCAAGCCAUGAUUUUUAUUGUCUUUAUUAAAAUCUAACAUUAAUAUGGAAUUUACAAUCAGUUUUUUUUUUGGAUUUACGAAUACUAUAAGCUUUAUUUUAUUCUCAUAAAACUAGUUUUAUCUCAUACUACUUUAUUUUAUUUCUUUGUUUUGUCAAUUGUUCCGAAGUUUUAAAUGCUUUCAAAUUUGGCAAGACUGUUUGUGUGAUGCUUAACAAAAAUUAAUUGGACGAGCAGACUGCAGUUUUGAAAAGGGAAAAUAAUACACAUUGAAGAAAACGCUUAGCAAAGCUUUUGAAGUUUAAAAAAAUCAUGUAACGUUAGUGGUCUUGCUUUAUAUUAACCAGCGCAGUAAUAAAAUUGAGCAAACUUCUGUAAUUUCGAAAAGUUCUUAACAAGAAAAUCACUUCUAGAAUCUGUUGCAUGUUCAUAAAGUUACAGAUGGAAUAUCUGUUUAUUUUAUAUGCACUGAGAGUAAUGCGAAUAAUAUUGUUAAAUACUGGAACGAUAUCCUUUUAUUUCCUUUCUUAUAAGAUAUAAAGUUAACUGCACAGAAGUUUUAAUUUAAUAUCUAUGUAUUGAUAUAAUGAAUUUCUGUAA